GGGCCGCAGGAAACAAUAGAGGCCGCGCGCGCCGAGUGAGCGCUCGCUGCCUCCCCGCCCCUCCCGCCGCGCUCGACCCCAGGAUCUACCCCUGGUUCUGCUGCCCGCCAUGGCCGACAAGGAAGCCGCCUUUGACGACGCGGUGGAAGAACGCGUGAUCAACGAAGAGUACAAGAUAUGGAAGAAGAACACGCCUUUUCUGUACGACCUGGUGAUGACCCACGCGCUCGAGUGGCCCAGCCUCACCGCACAGUGGCUUCCAGAUGUCACCAGACCAGAAGGCAAAGAUUUCAGCAUUCAUCGACUUGUCCUGGGAACGCAUACGUCGGAUGAGCAGAACCACCUUGUGAUAGCCAGUGUGCAGCUUCCCAAUGAUGAUGCUCAGUUUGAUGCGUCGCACUACGACAGUGAGAAGGGAGAAUUUGGAGGUUUUGGUUCAGUUAGUGGGAAAAUUGAAAUAGAAAUCAAGAUCAACCAUGAAGGAGAAGUAAACAGGGCUCGUUACAUGCCCCAGAAUCCUUGCAUCAUUGCAACAAAGACUCCAUCCAGCGAUGUUCUAGUCUUUGACUAUACAAAACAUCCUUCUAAGCCAGACCCUUCUGGUGAGUGCAACCCAGACUUACGUCUCCGUGGACAUCAGAAGGAAGGCUAUGGGCUUUCUUGGAACCCAAAUCUCAGUGGACACUUACUGAGUGCUUCUGAUGACCAUACUAUCUGCCUGUGGGACAUCAGUGCCGUUCCAAAGGAAGGGAAGGUAGUGGAUGCGAAGACCAUCUUUACGGGACAUACGGCCGUAGUAGAGGAUGUUUCCUGGCAUCUGCUGCAUGAGUCUCUGUUUGGGUCAGUUGCUGAUGAUCAGAAACUAAUGAUCUGGGAUACUCGUUCAAACAACACUUCCAAGCCAAGCCACUCAGUGGAUGCUCACACUGCUGAAGUGAAUUGCCUGUCUUUCAAUCCAUAUAGUGAGUUCAUCCUUGCCACGGGAUCAGCUGACAAGACUGUUGCCUUGUGGGAUUUGAGAAAUCUAAAACUGAAGUUGCAUUCCUUUGAAUCACACAAAGAUGAGAUAUUCCAGGUCCAGUGGUCACCUCAUAACGAGACCAUUUUGGCUUCCAGUGGUACUGAUCGCCGACUGAAUGUCUGGGACUUAAGUAAAAUUGGAGAAGAGCAAUCUCCAGAAGAUGCAGAAGAUGGGCCACCAGAGUUGUUGUUCAUUCAUGGUGGUCACACUGCUAAGAUAUCUGAUUUUUCCUGGAAUCCCAAUGAACCAUGGGUGAUUUGUUCUGUGUCAGAGGAUAAUAUCAUGCAAGUGUGGCAGAUGGCCGAGAACAUUUACAAUGAUGAAGAUCCUGAAGGAAGUGUGGAUCCAGAAGGACAAGGAUCCUAGACAUGUCUGCACUUCUCGUGACUUUAGGCUCCCCUUUUUCCCUCUCAACCCCAAGAUUGACUUUAACACUGUUUUUGAGACACACAGACUUUGUUCUGCUAGCCUCUGUACUAGGUACCACCAACAAUGCUAUUAGCCCAAACAGGGGUGUUUUCUAAAUAGUAACUGCCGGACUUGAUUCAGUAAAGUCACAAACAUAUAUUUAAAUUUUCUUCAGGAAUUUUCUAGUAACAAGUCCAGGUCUAAAGUGGCUACAGAGGGGAAUAUUAGGUGUGUUUCCUUCUUAAUGCUAUAUCCCCACAUUUUUCAGAUUGAUUUAAUAUUAGAAUGAGCAAGGAAUAGAGCCAACUGAGUUAGGUGUCUGAGCCAUGAAGUUUAAAUAAUGCAAGGUGUCAUUUUUAUUCAGGAAAUAGGGGAGGUUCGAGUCACAGGUUCCUGCUCAGAUCUUCACACUGACUUUCCAGGAUGCACAUUUUCCUGCAUAGACCAGUCUCCUCUUGGUUUCUUCAUUUAAGUCGAAAUUACAUGUUCCUCUUUCUCCGUAUAUUUUUGCUCAUUAGUGUAUUUCUUGAGCUGUUUUUCAUAUUAUUCCUUUCCUUUCUGUGAAAUGGUUUUAUUUUGUUUUGUUUUAACUUGGGACCACCAAGUUGUAAAGAUGUAUGUUUUUUCCUGGCAGUUGUACUGUAGGUAGACUGUCAGGUUGAAAAAGAGUGAAUUGAUAGCUUGUAUUUGUUUUUAAAAUUAAAUUAAUCCUUGAUAAAAGUUGCUUUUUUCUUUUUUUAGGGGUUAGUCCUUGACCACUAGUUUAAUACCAUCUCCAUUUUGAGUGACCUGUUUUACCAGCAGGCCUGUACUCUCCAUGACUAACUGUGUAAGUGCUUAUAAUGUAAUAAAUGGCUUUUCUAUAUAA